GAGAGGGGUGUCUUUCCUCCCUCCAAAAAAAGGGUCUCUCGAAGCGAAAGGGGGCUUCAAGGCUCCUUUGGACGCCCACAAGGAAGAGAGGAAGAGGAGGCAAGGGGUCGGGGGGCUGGUGGGGAAGGCGAAGGAGCCCCCCGACUUCUUCUUCUUCUACCUCCUCCUCCGCCUCCCGCAAAGGAUGACUUCCAAAGAGGAAGGCAAGCCCGCCUCGGUGGCUGUAGAGGAGCGGCGCCGCAGCCCGCUGGACCUCCUCCCGCCGCCGGCCAACUCCAACAAGCCCCUCACGCCCUUCAGCAUCGAGGACAUCCUCAACAAGCCCUCGGUGCGGCGCAGCUACUCCGCCAUCUGCGGGACCACGGCCCACCUCCUCGCCGCCUCCGCCGCCGCCGCCGCCGCCUCCGGGCCGGACAAGCACCCUCCGGCCGCCCUGCCCCUCGCCAGCCGGGCCCUCCUCGCCCAGACCUCGCCCCUCUGCGCCCUCGAGGAGCUCGCCAGCAAGACCUUCAAGGGCCUCGAGGUCAGCGUCCUCCAAGCCGCAGAAGGAAGGGAUGGGAUGACAAUAUUUGGCCAGAGGCAAACCCCCAAGAAGAGGCGGAAGUCCCGGACGGCCUUUACCAACCACCAGAUCUACGAACUGGAGAAGCGUUUUUUGUACCAGAAGUACUUGUCCCCCGCCGACCGGGACCAGAUCGCCCAGCAGCUGGGCCUGACCAACGCCCAGGUCAUCACCUGGUUCCAGAACCGCCGCGCCAAGCUCAAGCGGGACCUGGAGGAGAUGAAGGCGGACGUGGAGUCGGCCAAGAAACUGGGGCCCAGCAGCCAGGCGGACCUGGUGGCCCUGGUCGAGCUGGAGCACAGCCCCGAGGGCCCCGACGCCAGGUCGCCCUCGCUCUCGCCCAGUGCCAACGCCCUCCCCGCGCAAGGCCUCCGGGAGGGCAGCGGGACCCUCCGGCGCCCCUCGCCGCCCUCGCCCACUCUCACGGACCUCCACGGGAGCAGCCAGGACUGCUCCGAGGACGAGGACGUCGAGAUCGACGUGGACGACUGAGCCGCCGUGCUGGCU